AUGAUCUACAUUCCGUCAGUGGGUGCACCUGAAAACCUGAUUUCCCACCACAUCGUAUUCUUUGCCCAGAUCCGUGCCUGCAUUGUCCUGGCUCUGGCCACCAGCGCCUUCGCUGGCUUGACCGGCGGCUACGGCCUCGGCCUUUCCCACUACGGCCUUGCUCAUGGCAUCGGCUACUCUGGUCUCGGCCUCGGCUACAGCUACGCCCCAGCUGCCAGCUACGCUGUCGCCGCCCCAGCUGUUACCCGCACCGUGUCCACCUACCACGCUGCUCCAGCCGUGACCGCCGUUCACGCUGCUCCAGUCGCCACCUACGCUGCUGCUCCAGCUGUGACCACUGUUGCCCACGCCGCUCCAGUCGCCACCUACGCUGCCGCUCCAGUUGCCACUUAUGCUGCUGCCCCAGCUGUGACCACUGUUUCCCACGCCGCUCCAGUCGCCACCUACGCUGCUGCUCCAGCUGUGACCACUGUUGCCCACGCGGCUCCAGUCGCCACCUACGCUGCCGCUCCAGUCGCCACCUACGCUGCUGCCCCAGCUGUUACCCGCACCGUGUCCACCUACCACGCUGCUCCAGCCGUGACCGCCGUUCACGCUGCUCCAGUCGCCACCUACGCUGCUGCUCCAGCUGUCACUACUGUGGCCCACGCCGCUCCAGUCGCCACCUAUGCUGCUGCCCCAGCUGUGACCACUGUCGCUCACGCCGCCCCAGUCGCCACCUACGCCGCUGCCCCAGUUGCCACCUACGCCGCUGCUCCAGCUGUCGCCACCGUUGCCCACGUUGCUCCAGCUGUGGCCACCACCACCGUCCACCACGCUGCCCCAGUCGCCACCGCUGUUGCCACCCCAGCUUUCGCUUCCUACCACGCCGCCCCAGUCUACGGCUAUGGUGUUGGCUCCCUCGGCUACGGCGCUGGCCACUACGGUUUCGGUCACGGUCUCCUCGGCUAUGGCCUGAACUACGGCUAUGGUCUCGGCAGCGCCUACGACUACACCGCUCUCCUCCGCAGGAAGAAGUAAAUCUCCUUUGUGGGAAGCAGCACAGUCAUCGUCGAAAGUUAGUAGAUUUAACAAAUUUAGGGUCCGUCUUCUUUUGUCCCGUUUCAUCAUGGCACAAGAGAAAGGCGAGAAUAAACUUAACCAAUUUUCAACUUGCA